AUGAGCGUGAACGCGAGUGUUUUCAAUGCAGCGGCCGUGUCGCAGGACUGGACUUACCUGUCGUCCGCGCGCUAUGCCGAGAUGGGCGCGUUCGAGGCGUGCUGGACCUGGAUGACGGACAACUUUACAGAGUACCAGAUUGCAACCUGGGGCUCGCUCAUUCUGCACCAAGUCAUCUACUUUGGCCUGUGCCUCCCCGGCUUUCUCUUCCAGUUCCUCCCAUUCAUGCGCCGCUACAAGCUGCAGCAGGAAAAGCCAGAGACCUGGGAGCUCCAGUGGAAGUGCUUCCGAAUGCUCAUGUUCAACCACUUUUGCAUUCAGACACCGCUGAUCAUGGGCACACACUCGUUCAUGCGCUACUUUGACAUUCCGUACUUGUACAAGGACAUCCCUGCCUGGUACAUUCUUGCCGCUCAGGUUUUCGCUUGCCUCGUCAUUGAAGACACCUGGCACUACUUUAUGCACCGAUUGCUGCACCACAAGGCCAUCUACAAGUACAUCCACAAGGUUCACCACACCUUUGCCGCUCCGUUCGGCAUGGUUGCCGAGUAUGCCCACCCCGCAGAGACUCUGAUUCUUGGCGUUGGAUUCUUCCUCGGCGUUCUCAUCUUUUGCAACCACCUCAUUCUCAACUGGGCGUGGGUUACCCUCCGACUGAUCGAGACCAUUGAGGUUCACAGCGGCUACGACAUCUGGACUCCUCUGCACUUGCUUCCGUUCUAUGGCGGCGCCAAGUUCCACGAUUUCCACCACAUGAACUUUACCGGCAACUACGCUUCCACUUUCACUUUCUGGGACAAGCUGUUCGGCACUGACGAGAGCUUCAACAAGUACCAAAAAGAAGUCGCUGCCAAGAAGGCAAAGCAAGUGAAGGCCGAGUAA